AUGGUUUCGCCGGGUUCAGUGGCUUCACAUUUGAAAAUUGGGUUGGUGAACCCGUUGCAGCUUUCCAAAAGAUUCCCUGCAAGAGAAGUAAUGCAUCUUUACAUUCAAUGGAUUCCCGAGGCAAAGCUAAACAAACCAGUUCUAGUCAAAAACUACAAAUCCACACAACGCGGUUCAAGUCAAGAUAUUCCAUUUUCUUUUCAAGACUUUCAAAAUCCAAACUAUCAACAAUACCAAAACUACCAAAGCUACCAAAACUACCAACAAAACCAAAACUAUCCACAACAAUAUUUCCCGGUGCAACAAUCUUACAACACAUUUAAACUUCUAGAGGAAAAUCAGAGUUAUAAUCCACGGAAUCAGUUUUCUCAAAGGGUUCCAGAAACCCAAUUCCAAUCUUCUCAACCCGAGAAUUUCCAGUUUCGUGAUGCUCAAAAUGAAGAAUCUGACAGUUUUAGUGACGACCCAGCUCCCGAAAGAAUCGAAGAAGAAACCAGCGAGGAGUUGCACCCUGUUGCUGAGAAAAAACACAACUAUAAACUCCGCCAGAAGCGAAAGAACUGGGUGGAACGCGAAGAGUUGGCUUUGGCUAGGGCAUAUGUCAAUGUUUCUAAAGAUAAACAACGCGGAAAUCAACAAAGGUUCGAUGCAUUUUGGGAGAGGGUUCUAGAGCAUUUCAGUGUUCAAAUGGGAGGUUCAGACCGGUCACGACACCAAGUAAACUCAAAAUGGAAAGACCUCCAAAAGAAAUGUAAUGCUUUCAACUGCAUCUAUAACCGUAAGAUGAACAGUGUGGCUAGCGGGAGAUCUGAGGCUGAUGUUUUACAAUCUUCACUAAGUGAGUAUCGGAGGACUAUUAACCAGAAAGGUUUUCCUCAUCAACAAGCUUGGGAGUGGUUGAAAGACAACGCAAAAUGGGCAUUUGUUACAAAAGUGGGUGAAGACUCCCCGCCUCCUUCUUCAAAACGAACCAAAACAUCUUCAUCCAACGCCUACACAUCAUCAUCUGAUCCACAAUAUCCUCCUAUAUUCUCCCCCCAACAACAACAGUCGUUUAGUGUUGAAGACUCACCGCCUCAGAGAAAAAGAAAAGGAAAGAAAGCAACAUCAACAUCAUCAACAGAAAAUGAAAUGUUUGGUCUCGUCAAACAAAUUGUCGGCAUCAAGACUGCAACCGAAACAGAGGCAGAACAGAGACAACGGUACCGGGAACAAAAAUUGCGCAUUCUCGAAGCUAAUGAAGAACGAAAAGCUCAAUUGUUGGAUCGCGAGAUAGAGAACCAAGAUAUGGAGUAUUUUCUCCGGCCGCAUGAUCAUUUGACUGGAUGUAUUUUGCGCACGGUGCUUGAAAGGAAACGACAAAUUGCAACUAAGUAUGGUUGGGAGUUAGAGAACCCAUGA